AUGCACACACAAACGCACACGCUCACGCUCACGCUCACGCUCACGCUCACGCUCACGCUCACGCUCACUCUCACGCUCACGCUCACGCACACGCUCGACGCAACUCAUUUUCUUGUCUAUUUCCAGUCAAUCAAAAAACUGAAUAGGAAAUAUGUUAUGAUAAAAAUAGAACAUCUAAAAGUCUGGACCAAAGAAGAAAAAUCUUGGUGGAGACGUAAACCCACGAAGCCUGAAGUGAUUAUUGUAAAUGAUGUUUCUGCUUCCAUAACAACCGGUGAGUUCGUCGCUGUUAUUGGUCCAAGUGGCGCCGGGAAAACGACUUUCCUAGUUUCACUGGCGGGAAAAUGCACUCUUCCGAACUCUGGCACCGUGACGGUCAAUGGAACUGAUAUCAAGAAAGUGCAGCGUGGUUUGAUCGAGAUAGUGCCACAGUUUGACGUAUUCAUGGACAGUAUUACUGUCAAAGAACACUUGCUAUUUAUGACAGAAAUGAAACUGGGAAGCGUAAAGAAGUCUUCACACCGGCAAACUUUAGCGAAAUUGUUAAAGGAACUUAAACUUACGAUGCUUCAAUAUUCUCCCAUAAGUUCAUUGUCAGGUGGCGAGCGAAGGUUGCUGUCUUUAGCUACUUCGUUACUCUCCAGCCCGCAGAUUAUCAUUUGCGACGAACCGACAACUGGCCUGGACAGCUAUAAUGCGGCGCUCGUCAUAGGGGUGUUAAAGCAACUAGCAGUUAGUGGCAGAACCGUGAUAUGCUCCGUGCACCAACCAUCCUCCGACCUGUUCAAAGAGUUCAACUCCAUCGCCUUGAUGUCGGAGGGUAGAAUGGUGUUUCAUGGCUCACAAGGGGAAUGCAAAAAAUUGUUUGAAAAAUUCAACCUGCGAUGCCCCAAGAACUAUAAUCCGGCCGAAUUUUACAUCAAAGCAGUAUCUGAGGCGAGCAACGAUUAUGCGAGUGCUUUGGAAAACUACUGCGACCAGUCCGACGAGUGCGAUGAAAGUAGCUUCGUGGCUGCGCGCACGCAUCGACACUUACAAACGUACCAGAGGUAUUGGUUGCGACAAGUGCAGUUGUUGCUGUGGCGGUCAACCCUUACAUUCAAAAGGGAUAUCAAAAAUUAUGUCUUUCAACUAUUUCUAUCCACAAUUAUAUCAUCAGUUAUAAUCGGCACUUGCUACGUGGGUAUAUCGGGCACUACUCAGCGUGGGGUUCAAGAUCUUCGGGGAUUCCUUUGGCUCAUGUGCUCCGAGGUCUCCUUCAGUGUCUCCUACUGUGCCUUGUACGCGUUCGACAGUGACCUGGUGCUGUUCCGGAGAGAGGUUGGCGUAUACCGCGCCUCUACCUUUUACGUCAGCAGAUUUUUAUGUUUAAUGCCGCGUUGUGUGGUAUGGUCUUUGACUUAUGUGGCGAUCGCAACAUUCAUGGUAGAAAUGCCAGAUCAUCUCCUCACAUCACUGAAGAUUGCAACAGCACUUGUUGCCACGGCUGUGGCGUCUACUGCUUAUGGUCUCGGUAUGGGCGCCAUUUUUAUCUCAACGGGUAUAAUGGGCGACGUUAUGCCCUGCGCUGAUCUGCCACUAUUUCUGAUGUCAGGAGCCUUCCUAAGGAUUUCGUCGCUGCCCUUCUGGCUGUAUCCUGUGAAAUACUUCUCACAUUUCUACUACGGCAUGGACGCCAUUAGCAACAUUUAUUGGCGACAAAUUGACCAUAUAGAUUGCCCCUACAACACAACUUCUACUUGUCUAAGUAACGGGGCUGCAGUGCUAAUGGAAAAUGGUUAUUCGAAUGAUUUUGUAUUUGAAGAUAGCUUAGGAAUUUUGUUUGUUACUUUCGUGUGGAGCGUGCUAGGUUUCUGUGGAUUAAAAAGAGAGGAAAGGAAGGGUUAUGCCUAUUAA